ACCGCGCCGCCUGGGUACACCUGUGCAGUACACGCGGGUCCGUGGUGCGAUCAGAGAUGCCCCGGUGGCGCGCGCUGGUCCGGCUCGGCUCCCCGCUGGCCGCCAGCGCCGUACUGGGUGCGCUGGCCACCCUUCUGCUCACCAGUCCGUCAGGUGACGACCUGCUGCCGGAGCGAUCCGCUCUGUUCUCCGAGAGCAGCCUGCACCGUCACGUGCUCUGUGGUGACAGCGUGGAGCUGCGCCGGACGAUGGCAGCGCGGCUCCAACGCAUCCGGACAGAGCUGGCCACCGCCGCAGAGCUGAACCGUCAGCCGGACCCAUCAGUGCUGUCUCAGCUCACAGAGCUGGCGCAGCGGCUGGACGCCCGGGCGGCGCUGGCGCAGCUGGACCCCGACGAGCUGGACAAGACGUUCGGCCUCGACCACGACUCGGACUCGGACUCGGAGUCGGAGCCGGCGCGGUCGGAGGUCUGUCCGGAACUGUACCACGGAGCGGCGGACGACGCGCCCCUGCACAACAAUGGAUUUGUUACGGAGGAGUGUAAGGAAGCCCCGCCACUACACACAGUCAUCUCGGUGCUGAUGCCCGUCACAGACUCCACUGCCGCCUCUGACGCCGCCAGAGUAGUCACCCAGCUGCUCCGGCUGUACCCGCGCCUGCCGGUGAUCGUGGCCGCUGCCGCCGCCGAGACGGGGGCUCUGCGGGCGCUGCUGCCGAGAGGAGAGCCCUCCGUGAAACUGGUGCCGGCAGAGUUGUCCGGCAGUGCGCGGCUCGGAACGCUGUUGAAUAAAGCGUCGGCCGCAGCAAGCACGCCGUACGUGCUGGUAGCGCGCCAGCUCAGCCAUGCCACUGGCGAACUGCUUCUGGAGCGGCACGUUCGCGUGCUCGGUCGACUGGCCAUGGUGGACGCGGUCGGCGGCGCGGCGCGCAACCGCUCCGGUCACUGGCGUGCCGGCUGUCUGCAGACCACGAUGUCCGGACACCGUCUCAGCUACAGCGCUGGAUACCGGCACUCGGCGCUCGAGUGCAUGCUGUGCGACCACCUGGACGAGUCGUUUGCGACGCGCACGGCCACGAUGCGCGAUCUGCCGCUGGACACCACGCUGCCUGAUGCUGUGGUCGUGCACGACUGGUUCCUGCGACUGCGGCGCGGCGCGCGGCUGGCGGCGCUCUGUCCCGAUAUCAUGUACGAGUCGGCGCGCCGGCCGGUCGCCGAGGAGCGUGCCGUCGACGCCUGGCGACAGCUGGCCACCAAGUGGCAGCUGAGCUCGCUCUCGCUGGCCGGCGGCACGCAGCAUAAGUUUCGGUGUCGGGACGUGGCCAUUCAGUGUAACCCGCUGCGUACGGCUCGGUUCUACAGUCAGCCGCCGUGCUGUCAGGACCAGCUAGAGCGCGCUCUCCGGCUGGUGAGCGCCGCCCUGGCUGAGUCAGGCGUCAAACACGAACUGGAGGCGGGCGCCCUGCUAGCUGCCGUCAAACUGGGCGAACCUCUACCCUGGGGCAUCAACACCCAGAUCGCCAUCAACGCUGACGACUUUGAGCUCGUCAGCUCGCGGAUGUCUCGUCUGCGCCGAUACGGUCUCGUGUUGGAGCCGGUGACGGAGCCUGUGCCGGCCAACGCCACAAACUCCGAGGCACGGCUGGCCACCGUGCUGCGUGUGCAUACUCCAGCUAUGUUGAUCACCCUGCGUCCCGAGCAUCACUUCAGCACCGAUCAGCUGCCUGCUGAGAUGCGCCGCCGACCCACCCUGGUGCGGCUGGGCGGCGUCUGGCUGCCCGGGCACGCCAACCCCGGCCGGUACGCCCGCAACCGCUACGGCUACGACUGCCUGAAGCACGCCGUGCACUGGCGGUACGCCAAUGAUGAACUGGUGGGUGAGUACAGCCGGUACGUGGCCGGUGUGUGGCCGGCGUGCCCCAACCACCACCAUGCGUGUCUGGACCAGCUGCCGGCGGACGGCAGCCUCGGACUGCCCUGA